GGGCUUUCGCGUGAUUGUACUCCCUCGGCCACCGUAGUGCAAACACGUGUGAAGUUGUUUGCUACGUUCUGUUCCUCUGUUUUAAGCUUCUAAAAUACCGUUUAAAUACACACUGUAACGGUGUCGUUCAUUGUGAAAAGGAUCUGUUAUCAUGAGUGACUGUGAGGAUGAUGUGCCUCGGCUCUCCGCGGAGACCCUCGCAGCGCUGCACGAGUUUUACGCCGAGAGUGGAAGGACUGGACCGGAACAAAACUCCAUCAAGACUGACAAGUUCAGUGUCGGUGCUGUAGAGGAAGACUGGCGCAUGAGUCAGUUCUGGUACAGCGAAGACACGGCCGCACGGUUAGCAGAGGAAGUCAUGCAGCAGGCUGGAGAACAUGGCAGGAUAGCUUGUAUAAGUGCACCAAGUGUGUAUCAGAAACUGAAACAGUUGGACUCCACGAGGUCGGACAGUGUGUCUGCUGUUUUGCUGGAGUUUGAUCGACGUUUCGCAGCAUAUGGAGAUGAGUUUGUGUUUUAUGAUUACAACAACCCUCUGUGUCUGCCUGAGGAUCUCCUUCCUCAGAGCUUUGACAUCGUCAUCGCAGAUCCUCCGUACCUCUCUGAAGAGUGUCUCGGCAAGGUGGCACUCACCAUUAAAUACCUCACGAAGGGAAAAAUCCUGCUCUGCACAGGAGCUAUUAUGGAGGAGCCUGCUGGGAAACUUAUGGAUCUAAAGAUAUGCAGUUUUUUACCAAAACACAAUCACAAUCUGGCCAAUGAGUUCCGCUGCUAUGUGAACUAUGAAUCAAGCCUUCUCUCAUGAUAAAGGCUUUCAAUCUGACAACAUUUGAAGGUUUUUUUUUUUUUUUUUCAUGAAACAUCAGAAGGAACAAUAAAUACUCAGCAAUGCACAGCAAGAUCCAGAUAUUACAGCGGAGCAUUUGGCCCUUCAUCAGUUUUUGAUUAUGCUUUGGUUAACUUGUAUUGUCAAUUGCACACUCAACUUUCAGGCAUAGAAUUGAAGCAAACUAUUUUAAAUGUGUUUAAAAAUGGCUGGAAGUGAAAGUUUGGAAUGCAUUUAUAUAUAAUAUACAAUACACUAGACUUGCGUUAUCAUUGUUGUUGGUGGUUUGAAUAAAGUAAUCAGGAGAACUGACAAAGUCAA